CCCUAAAAAUAUAUCAUCAAACAGCUCAACGCCAGCCCUCGCCGUAAAACCCUAAACCCUCUGCACUUUGGAAAUUGAAAGAAAAAACCCAGCAAUAUAACUUUUUCCUAACAUACCUUUUGGGCAGAAGAGAAUGGAGCAAAGAUUGGGAAUUAUAUGGCGAAUGACAGUGAAUGAGAAGAAGUUCAUAGAAUCUGCUUUAGAAUCUGAACUCAGAGUCGAUGGUCGCCGUCCAUUUGAUUAUCGAACCCUCACCAUCAAGUUCGGCAGAGUUAUUUACUUGCAGAGAAGAUGGUUCAUCAGAAGUUCAACUAGGGCAAACUCAUAUUAUGAGCUUUGUUACGUCGCAACUAGUGCAACCUUAUCGAGAUCGACCAAAUGAAGGAACCCUUUCAGUAUUUACUGAGUUUUCACCAAUGGCAGAUCCUUCGUUUGAGGCAGGUCGUCCUUCAGAGUCUGCUGUUGAGUUGGGUCGCAUAAUUGACAGAGGGUUAAGGGAAAGUAGGGCUGUCGACACUGAAUCACUCUGUGUUGUGGCUGGGAAGUGGGUCUGGUCAAUUCGUAUUGAUCUCCAUAUUUUGGACAAUGGAGGUAAUCUUGUUGAUGCUGCCAAUAUUGCUGCUUUAGCUGCACUUUUGACAUUUCGGAGGCCUGAAUGUACACUAGGAGGAGAUGACGGGCAGGAGGUGACACUGCAUCCACCCGAGGUGAGGGAGCCACUUCCCUUGAUUAUACACCAUCUACCUAUAGCAGUAACUUUUGCAUUUAUUGGAGAUGAGCAUAUGGUCAUAGAUCCAACACAUCAUGAAGAAGCUGUUAUGGGAGGAAGAAUGUCCGUUACCCUGAAUGCAAAUGGCGAUGUAUGUGCUAUUCAAAAAGCUGGAGGACAUGGUGUCAUGCAAAGUGUUGUCAUGCAGUGUCUACGCAUAGCAUCAGUAAAAGCCGGAGAUAUAACUAGCAAAAUUAAAACCGUUGUUGAAUCUUAUAAAACAGAGAGAGCUCUCAGAAUGGUCAAGCGACAUGCUCCUAGUAAUGCUGUUGAUGUCAAUGAACCAGGUGAAAAGGGGCAAAAAUUGAAAUCAGAAGAGUGCAGUAAGAGCGAUGACAUGGAUGUCCAGCAGGGUAGAAUCAACAAGAGGAGUGCUAAGAACCGGAGUUUAACAGGCGGGCCGUCCAGUUGGGAUCCAUAUUCUGAGGGUGUCAACACCGACGAAUUGAAAGCUACUCUUGCUUCUCGUGGUUCAAUAGCAGUGCCUAUGAAUCUAGACAAUUUAGGUGAUAAUAUUAGAGAUGAAACAAAAUCAGAUGAACCACUUUCAGAUGUUAAUCCAGUAUCUUCAUCGACUGACUCAGCUGGAAAAGAAAUGGCAAUAAGCAGAGAAAAAACUUUACAAGAUGCUGUUAAGCCUAAGAACAAGCGGAAAAAGAAGAAAUCGUCUAAUAUUGCCACAGUUUAGAGAAUGCAUGUGUGAUCUAUCUUCUUGAGAUUGAAAUUACUCUGCAUUUUAGUAAAUUCUAUGACUAAUUGCACAGUUGGAGCGGCUCAUGAAUUUCCUGAGUUAAAUCAUUGUCCUCAAAUUGAAGGACAUGAAUUGAAAUCAUUGCCAUCGAUGUUCAGUGUGAAUGGAGGAUUAAAGAAUGCUGCAUUUGGUAUCGGUCACCUAGAUUGAGUUCCAAUCACUUGAUCCCGCAGCAGAACUAGUGGCAUUCUGAAAUCUUGAUUUGAACUUGAAGACUCAGAGGAACACGAAAAAUGCUUUGUUCUUGAGAGAGGUUUUGAUGUGUUCUUUGUCCUUGUAGAGGAUUUCUAUUUAUAGUUGUAAAGAAAAGACAAUUCACAUUGUAGACGAACUCUUCUGCUAGAUUUGACUAGCCAACUGUUUAUGUGACAACCCUAUUUGAUUGGCCUAAACAUAGCAAGUUCAUUUA